GGGGGCGGCCCCCCGACUCUAUGGUCGGAGCGUUCCAGCAGCCUAGAGAGGCCCAGGCCGGGAAGCCUUGUGGGAAGACGGCGGCGCCCGGCGCCUCGCAUGGCGCUGUACUGAGGACCCCGCCGAGAGGGCCGCCUGGACCCUCCUGCGCCCGCCCCCCGCCCCCCGCCAUGGAGGGUGCGAGCCGAGGACUGAACUUCGCCGAGCAACAGCUGCAACGGCACGGCUGGACCCCAGGGAAGGGCCUGGGCCGGCGAGAAGAUGGGAUCGCCAAGGCCAUCAAAGUCAAGAUGAAGCAGGACAAUGCCGGGGUAGGCCACGACCCCGCUGAGCAGUUCACCAACCACUGGUGGAGUCACCUGUUCAACCGGACGGCGGCCAAGAUCGUGGUGGAGACGGGCCAGAAUGGCGUGCAGAUGAAGACCAAGGAGGACACCUCCGCCAGCCGUUCCCGCAAGGCCCCUUCUCUGCUGUACGGCCAUUUCGUCAAGAGUGCCACGCUCACUGCCAGCGGGGAGCAGCCAGCGGAGAAACCGCGGGACGGCCAUGGCGGCGAAAACACGGACAAGUCAGGCCCUGCUGCUGGGCUGACCGACGAGGAGCUGGUCCGAGCAUGCAGAGGCCGCACAGCCCACAAGGGAGCCCGCCACGGUCUCACCAUGAGCGCGAAGCUGGCCCGGCUGGAGGAGCAGGAGCGGGCAUUCCUGGCUCGGCACGGACCGACAGCCGCCCCCAGCCCCUCAGCUCUCCCCCCGGGGGAGAGAACUGCAGUGGGGGCUCUGGGCUCGGAGGACGACGACACACACAAGAGGAAGAAGAGAAAGAAAAAGAGGGAGGAGAAGGAGCCCGAGGCUCAGGAGAGCGGAGAUGGGGAGACGCAAGAGCGUGGAGACAGCCGGGGGGUAAAGAAGAAGAAGAAAAAAAAGAAGAAAGAGAGGAUGGAGGAGGACCUGGAGGAGGAGGUUAGGGAGAAUUUAGACGUGGCCCGAAGGAAAAAAAGGAAGAAAACAAAAUCCUGAAGGGGCUGUGAGGGAGACCCCUCCCCGCCAUCAGCAGAGCAGGAACCGGUGGACAGGCGGAAAGCAGUGACCCCCGGUCUGCCCCUUCCCAGCCUGCCUGGGAGGGGACCCCUGGGGGCAUCUUGGAAAUCGGGGUGCCCAUCGUCCAUCCCGGAGCCUUUAGGCAAGAUGGUUCAACCAGUGCAGUGGACCUCUCGGGCCACCAUCCCUGCCCCGCCAAGACUCAUGGACACAGGGGAGUGGCAUCAUUUCCAAAUCUGAGUUUGUUAUUAAACGGAUUAGUGCACGGUCA